AAGGAGAGGUUGGCGAUCCUCGCAGACCACCGUUCCGAAGUCUGGACGCCUUGUAGCGACCCGUGUGCGAUGUAGGGUCGCAAGGAUGUAGAUCACCGGGAUUAUUAUCUUGUCCGGGUCGGCCUUGUCAGUGAAGCCAUUGACUUUGGACUAAUCUGGACAAGAGCGACUACUCUUGUAAGGCGUACUGCCUUAAUCUCAAAAGGUAAGCCUUUUGCGGCUCGAUUCCCGUGGCUCACGAGGUCGGCAAACUGCAAGGGUCUACAGUAAGUGCUGGCUGGUCAGGGACCUUCUCAUGUCUGUUCCCCUCCUUCGAAUCAAGAAGUAUUCCUUCCUGAAACGUUCUUUUUGCGACCUUUUGUUGCUUCAGAUUUUUCUCAUUCGCGUAUUCCCCUCGAUUACCUGUAUCUAAUCCAGAUCUUGCCGACAGAUACCUGUGCUGUCGAGGCCGCAAGCAGCAUGUCGGUGUGUCAAAAUGGCGCGGCGCCCAUGUACCUGCCAUGGACGAAUGUCACCGUAACCACGGACCAAGAGGCCAUUACCAGAGGUAUCCAGAUGUCAAUGGGAACUCCUCCCCAGAUAGUCGCCCUUCGACCAAGUACGUCCGACGAUAAUCUAUACGUGGUCAAUAAGGUCCAAUGUGCACCUGAUUACAACGAUACCUGCGUCGGCUCAUUCGGCGGUGUCUUCGAUUACAAUACAUCCAGCACUUUUGUUCAGGUUGCGCAAGCUCAGUGGAAUGGCACUGCUGAAGCCAAUCCAAAUGAGCUCUCUCUUGUCCACUUCAACGACCUUUUGACGGUUGGCAAUGCCUCGAUCUAUGGUUAUCCUGCUAUUUACGAUGAACCCGGCUAUGGUGGUCAAGGUGUUUUGCCCCUGGGAUCGUCCUCGGAUCUUCUCACAAUCGCGGUUGAAAAUGGAGAUGUACCUUCCACCGUCUUCGGGCUAUGGACGGGUAGUCGGUCUAUCGAAACACCCAAAGAUGGUGGACUAGUCCUGGGCGGCUACGACACCUCCCGUAUCAAUGGUGAACUGACCACAUUCCCAUCACAGACCCUAUGCGAAAUGUGCGUUAACGUCACCGGCAUCACCUACGCUGACGCGACGGGCUCUCACAACAUGUUCAGCAACUCCUCCGAGAUCGUCCAGAUUAACCUCCAGCCUUCCGAGCGCGUCCUGUACCUCCCUCAAGACGUGUGGGCAAACUUUGGAACCGCUAGCGGCGGCGUGUACAAUGAUAGUCUUGGAUAUCUGGCUUAUUCGGCAUCCAAUCCACCGACGGGAAAUCUCACCGUCACUCUGUCGGGCGGUUACAACACCACCAUCCCAGCUGAAGAGCUCUUUCUGAUGCCUCGCCAUUACAACGACGAGGGUCAAUACGUCAUCGAAGACGACACGACGCUCAUCGCAGCGGUGUACAACCAGAGCGCCAACGGCUACGUGUUGAAUUGGGGCAUUCCUUUCCUGACUAUGAACUACAUCAUCGGAGACUACAAAAGGCAGCAGUUCAAGAUGGCCCCUGCCAUACGCAGGGACUUCUCGGCCACAGAAAGCGCCUACAAACUCCAAGCAUCCUGCGACCCCACCACGAAUUCGACACCAACAACGUCUGCCUCAGGUACAGCAAGUGCCUCGGCCGUCGGCGGUCGCACGACUUCCUCCUCGCCUGCUGCAUCAUCAUCAAGCGGCGGCGGCCACAGCAAUACAGGUGCCAUUGUCGGAGGUGUUGUCGGUGGUGUUCUGGGCCUCGUCGCCAUCGUCGGCGGUCUGGCCUUGAUGUUCUAUCGCAGCCGUCGAAAGCGCAAUGCUGCUGCUGCGACCACAGCUCCCCCAGCUGCCGGUCAGCAAGGCAUGUCUCAAUACGGCAGCGCUGGGGACCGACAUUCCCAAUGGACGACAAUGAGCCCAACAGAAGUUCCCAGUGAAUUGGCGAAUAACCAAAAAACCGGCGGCGACGUCAACGUGAACAACUGGCUGUCGAGUCAGACUAGUGAUACGCACACUGUCAGCGAUUCAACGUCACCGAACCCGACACAUACGAGUAACAUGGACAGACCGUUCGAAAUGCCGGCACAGACCUGGGACCGAUAAACUAGCGCGUGAUCGUUUUUUCGACUGCAGUUCGAGAGACGUUCUGGUGUCUGGUGCAAGCCAAUCAUAUCUCGGCUCGACCCAUAUAUGCGACCUCCGGUUCGCUGGCUGCGAGCGAGUCCAGCCCCCAGUAAUUGAUUACCACUACCUCAGUAUUAAUUUCAGCAUCCGGACCAAGGCCAUCAUGGUCACUCGGAAACACCGUAGAAUUCUAUGAAUCACGAUUUUUAUGUCGACGGACUGUGUCAUUCAAGCGCAUAAUCAAACGCAUCCUCCACUAGUAACUUGGUGCACCACCGUCACGGUCUGGGUGGUCGGUGAUACUGUGGUAGUAGGUCGAGGCGUUAAGCGCAUGUAACGUU